GGCAGGGAGGCGCAGGUUUCCGGCCUAUUAAACGUCAACAGUGAAAGACGAAGAGGAGAAGCGGUUCCUUUCUGCGGCUGUUGUGUUGUAGCUUCCUACGAUUCAUCUCUAAUAUCCCGAAUCGCUGCAAGCAACACCAUGACACCUGCUUACUGAGCUGCUGCAUCUUCAGACGCUACUAGCACCGAGGUCCGGUGUGCGACGAACGAGGCUGACCCACCGACGUCAUGGAGACAGAAACGGAAAUGAUUCCCAUCUGGCAGAACAAGCCCCAUGGAGCUGCCCGUAGUGUUGUUAGAAGAAUAGGUUCCACUCUUCCUCUCAAACCUCCACAGAGGGCAUGCUUUCAGGAGCUCCCAGGCCUGCCCUCCCUUCGUCCUUUUGACGGCCCCUCGGUUCCUACCCUGGCAGACAUCGCCUGGAUUGUUGCAGACGAGGAGGAGACGUAUGCCAGAGUCAGAAGCGACACGCGUCCCCUGAAACACGAGUGGCGGCCCACGCCCCUUCUAGUUCUCCACAGGAACUCAUCUGUGCCCAACUUCCGUCGGGAGGGUAAAAGGAUGGAGGGCCUGAGGAAACCCGGGGUGACGGCGCUGAACCGCACCACAGCCCUGCAGGAUGAGCUCAGCAGACUGAGAGCUCAGAUCGCCAAGAUUGUUGCAAGUGAUUCAGACUCCAACCCCCUGACCCCAGAGCUCCUCUCCCCGGACGACACCAGCAUGGGUUUCUCCAUGGCGCCGUUCGAGGCCGCGUCCUUCCAGCCGGCAUCCGCGGCUCCCGCUUCCUUCGUCAUAAGCGACGUGACCGAGGAGGAGGAGGAAGAGGAGGAGGAAGACGAGGAACUGGUGGAGGAAGACGAGAAGGACGUGGUCUCUGUUGUCUCGGAGCUGCUCCCCGACCCGCUGCCUCCGGUCUCCAUGACGGCGUCGGCCACCUUCGACCUGGACCGGCCCAGCAUGGAUUUCCGGGAGGCCGAGGAGGACACGGUGUCCCUGUCCAAGUCCACCAGCUUCGCCGACGUCAUGGACAUCCUGAAGGACAUGAACAGAAUGAAGAUGAGUAAAGACAGGUACAACAGAGGCUGCACGUCGCUCAGAGAGGAAGACUCCGCCUCGCUGAUAUCCGAGGCGCUGAGGAAGAAAUUUGUCCUGAAGGAAGAAGAUUCUGCUGCUGUGAAAAGGAAGUAGUCAGUUUAAGGAGAACCAGUUCCUGCUGCGUCAUGUAAGUCAGGAAACGGCUGCUGCUGAUGAGCGUUUUGCGUGUUUUAGUUUAGUCUUUUAAAUUUUAAUUUUUAGGCCUUUGCCCGUACAGUUUAUGCCCACGAAUCAAAGACCCCCGCUCCUCUCCUGGCGUCAGAACCAAAGACUCUUUGUCCCAGAGCCGCCGGCUCCUGAGGGCGUCCUGCAGCGUGUCGGGAACAGCUGCAGCACUUCGUUACGUCACACGGGGAACAUUUCACCUG